UCAGAGGAAGCUGCUCAAGUUCAUUAACGAGAGAAAAUAUUCAUCUGUUUCUCAUCACACACUGUGUAAGAAAGUGGGUAAGGAUGCGGAAGUGGAUACAAAUGAUACGGAGACUGUUCGGUAAGCUCCGCAAAACCCGUCCUCUUCCUAAGGAGAAGGUGGAAGAGGAUGCGGCAGGUUUCCAGCUGGAGGAAUGUGCAGAUGGGAGUCAGGAACAGAAGGAUUGGGGGGAGAAACAAGAGAACCUGCAGAGCACCUGCAGCCAGGAGAUCCUGUUAUCACUUAACAAGAUCUUCCAAAAGCAUGCAGAGUGCUCUGAGAAUCUCUUGAGAGAGAUGACCAAACUGACAGAUGUUAUUGCAGAGAGCACACAGAAAACAAGUGAUGCUGAGAUGGAAUCUACUGCUUCUCUAGCAGUCAGUCAGGACGUUACACCAGCUCAAAAGGCUUUUGGAGAUGGAGUUUCAUGCCAAGACAGAAUGGUUCAAUAAAAUGGAGGAGAAGGUUAAACUAAAGCUUGAGAUGGACGAGGUAAAGCAGAAAAGACAAAAGGAAAUUGAAGACCUAAAAUUGGAAGUGAAAAUUCUGAAAACGGAGGCCAAACGUGAAAAGCAGGAGGGGGAAACAAAGCUAAAGGAUCUAGAAAAGGAAAUAAAGGAUGAAAAAUCAAAGGUUCUCCUUGAGCUGAAAGAGCUAAAGAAGAAAUCGAAGAUGGAGAAAAAGGAGGAGCGUAACAGGAAGAGGAUGGAAAAGCACAUGAAGGUUGACGAGGAAGAGCAUGAAGUCAAAGACAAACAGGCCUUAAAAAGCAAAUUUAGAGUAGCCUUUAAAUUUAGGGGUUAAAAAAGGAAGAAAGGCCCUUGAGAUCUAGAGGAAGUCAUUCAACCACACUGACAUGCUCAAAAAAUCCUCAAUAAAAGCAAUGCAUUAAAAAACUCACACAA